AUGUCGUCUCAAAACUCUUUCCAAUCUUACAAGAAGCAGCAGAUCUACGGACAGGACGUCGGUAGUCGAGCCCAUCCUAGUCCUGAAGCAGAACGCGACUAUAAGGAAUACUGCCAGUGGCGUAACCAGUCUAACACGUCGGUACGAUUCUACGACAGCACGCUGGAGACAGUGGCUGGUAGUCGCACUGCCGAUAUACAAAAGUUGCAACAGCAUCAGCAUCAACAAUUGGUGUACCCAGCUGCUCAAGCUGCAACAGACACAAACUUUCACGCCAGUACCCGUAAUGCCUUUUUGGACAAUCAUCCCUUCGCGUAUAGGGACAUGGUGGAGAGAUCUGAGCACGAAGGGCUUGCGGACGCGUCUGUCCAUGAAGCGAAGUACUACCGCGCAGCAUACGACACACAUUAUGAGAAGUCUGCUCCAUUUAAAUCUCGUCCGAAUGGGCAGCCACCUUAUGGUAGUUAUGGUUCCACUUCUUCACCUACACCUCGUCCCGGCCCUUCUCAAGGAUCAAGACCUCCUGCACCUAGGGACGCGUACGGAAGCUACAACUCCACUGGAAGGAGAUGA